AGAAAGAUGAACACACCUGCAGCUAAACUACAGGAGAGCUACAAACAGGAGGGCUUCCUCUCAGCGCUGCCUGUGCUGAACGAGACAGAACUGAGGGAGGCCAGGGAGGCUUUCGCUAAGCUGGAGGAGGAAUUUGGCACAGAGUACACUCAGUACAGCCUCCACAAUGUUCAUCUUCAGUACCCCUGGGUGAGGAACCUGACCAAACACCCCCGUAUCCUGCAGGUGAUCCAAGCCAUCCUUGGCCCUGAUGUCAUUCUGCUGGACUCCAGAUUUAUCUGUAAAUACCCGACAGUAAAACCAGGUGAUGUCCAGGAGACUGAAGAUGACCAAGGCAAACCUGAUGAUGAUGGGCUCCCAUAUGUGGCCUGGCACCAGGAUAUGAAGUACUGGGGUAUUGCUGGUGGACCUGUUCUCUCUGUGUGGCUUGCUCUUGAUGAUUCACAAAAAGAAAAUGGAGCACUUCAGGUCAUCCCAGGAAGCCACUGCUCUGGCAUGUUGCCCCAUCGCCAGGCAAACCGUCCAGGAAACCUGCUGUCAGUAAACCAGGAGAUCCCAGAGGAGCUGGUGCAGGUGGAUGAAGCUGUGCUUUGUCCUCUGAAGGCUGGACAGAUGUCGAUACAUGACGGCCUUCUUGUCCAUGCAAGUGAUGCUAACAACUCCCAGAGGAGGCGCUGUGGCUUUGUGAUUCGUUAUAUUCCCACCUGUGCCUACCCCACAGAGGAUCCCGAUCGACCCAGGAAAUUCCACGCAACAGAAUUGGCUUGUGGGGUGGACCAGUUCCACCACUUUUCCAACAAAAGCUCAUGAAGGAUUAAUGUAGACCUCAAAAAAUCAAAAAGGCCAGAUAACUAAUCUAAUCCUGUUUUUAAUGUUAUUUCGGAAUCAUAUUUAUUUAAGAUGAAUUUCGGCUGUGAACUGUGUUGUGUAAAAUUAUUCAUACACUACACACAAACACGUUUUUUCAUUAGAUACGAAAUGCUUAUGUUUUGCUUUACUUGAUGUGCACAAGCUUAAAAUAAA